AUGUCCAAACUUCCGUCCUUGACAACAAGACUAAUUCAAGUAGCGUGUGCCAUUCUUUGGUGUUUAGCAGCAGCUGGACCGGUGUUUGGAUUUGCAGCACUAAAACCAAUCUUGAUAUCACAACACAUCUACGAAUCCAAAUGUGAUAUUAAAACAGAGUCAACUGAAACUAAAUGUGUUGAUCAAGAUUUAUCACUAAACUUUUUAUUCACAAUUGCUUGUAUGGUAACUAACAUUAGCGCAUUACCUGUUGGAUCUAUAUUAGAUACAUUUGGACCGAAAAUUACUGGUGUUAUUGGGUCUGUCAUUUUAGCUCUUGCUUCAUUGAGUUUGAAAUUUGCAAACAAGAUGGUUUAUCUCGAUGGAUACUUGACUGGGUAUACCUUGUUGGCCUUGGGUGGUCCAUUUGUAUUCAUUAGUUGCUUUCAGUUAGCCAACAGUUUCCCCAAGAACUCGGGUCUCAUAUUGGCCUUGUUAACUGGCGCAUUUGAUUCAUCGUCGGCUUUGUUUUUGCUCUACCGGGUGUAUUAUUUCAGUGUUGGUAAAUUGUCAAUCAGUCACUUCUUCACUGGGUAUUUGAUAGUGCCAGCUUUCAUAUUCCUUUGCCAGUUGUUUAUCAUGCCCAAAGAUUCAUACAAGACAGUUGGUACAUUGGCAAAGAUUGCUGAAACUGGUAUUGAUGAAACUGGGCGACCAAUAGAUGAUGACUUGUUGCAUCCUGAAGAUCGCGAAAGUGCAAUUUCUACAAGAGAUGAUCUUUAUCAACCAACGAUUACUGAAACUACUGCCCUUUUAAUGAGAAGACCUUCUGGUGUAAGUCGAAGAGCAUCGACGUUAUCAAGAAAUUCGUACAACUCGAUCAAAUCUUCAUAUGAACAAGAAGCAGAUACAAAGUUGGUGUCAUCAUCUGGCGGUGUAUUUGGUGUUUUACAUGGUUACUCGAUAUCACAACAAUUGAAAUCUCCUUGGUUUUCACUCAUGACAUUUUUCACCACAAUUCAAAUGUUGCGUAUAAAUUUCUUUGUUGCAACAAUCAAAGCUCAAAUACUCUACUUGUAUGGAGGUGAUGAGGAGAUUGCUACAACAGUGAACCAUUUUUUCGAUUUGGCUUUGCCAUUGGGUGGUUUAUGUUCAAUCCCAUUCAUCGGUCUCAUUUUGGAUAACUUAUCAACUUUGACGGUGUUGUAUAUUUUAACAGGAAUGUCGUUGUUCAUUGGAGUCAUGGGGUUGUUAUCGUGGAUUCCAGGCACUUAUGCCGGCAUCAUAGUUCUUGUUAUCUACCGUCCAUUUUACUACACUGCAGUUUCGGACUUUUGUGCAAAAGUGUUUGGAUAUGACAAUUUUGGGACUGUUUAUGGAGCAAUCAUUGCAAUCAGUGGGGUUUGUAACAUCUUGCAGCAAGUUAUGGAUAGAAUAACCAAGGAGCAUUUCCAUAUGAAUCCAACGCCAGUGAAUUCAAUUUUGGUUAUCUUGACAUUAAUGUUUGGUGCUGGAUUAAUUGGGUUUGUAAAGUCUCAAGAAAAAGAGAUCAAAAGGAGAAAUUUAGAAAUGGAAGCUGAAGAUGCUUCGUAUAGAUCUAUUCCAACAUAG